GCUUCUUCUAACCCCUUACUCCAAAGGAUAGGGUCUUGAUUAAUUGGACCUUUGUAGGUUUGCCAUAUCAUUGACAGCUUCAUUUCUCACGUGCUUGUGCAAGUGCAUAGCUAAUUUGACACACUUGAUUUUUGUACCAUUUUAUGUCCUUCCUAGCUAUUUCCCUAUGCAAAUAUGAGGAUAACAUUGUAAACAUGUAUAAAAUAAUGUUGCACUUAUACAUGCAGUAUAAAUGUCAUGCUUUUGCAUGUUAUAUUUCACAACAUUGGUCUUAAAAAAAAAAUUGUUUUCUAAUAUUGCUAUUAAAGAAAAUGACAAUUGAGCAGCAUAAGGAUAUUGAGAAUGGAGAAACUAAUGGGUUUCAGUAUUUGCAAGAACCUUUCAUUCAACAAGGAAAGGAUGCAUGUAAAGAAGUUGGAUCAGAUAAAAGUAUGGAAAAUGGAUCCAUUGGAAUGGUUCUGCUUAGCACAUUUGUUGCUGUUUGUGGUUCUUUUUCAUUUGGAACUUGUGUGGGUUAUUCAGCACCCACUCAAGCGGCUAUCAGGGCUGAUCUUAAUCUAUCUCUUGCUGAGUUUUCAAUGUUUGGUUCUUUGGUGACCAUUGGUGCAAUGCUUGGAGCUAUAACAAGUGGUCGAGUUACUGAUAUCAUUGGCAGGAAAGGGGCUAUGAGAAUUUCAACAGGAUUUUGUAUUAUAGGAUGGCUAGCUGUCUUCUUCUCUAAGAGUUCUUACACACUUGACUUGGGAAGGUUUUUCACAGGAUAUGGAAUUGGAGUUAUCUCUUAUGUGGUUCCAGUAUAUAUAGCAGAAAUAGCACCAAAAAAUCUUAGAGGGGGACUUGCAACAACUAAUCAGCUUAUGAUUGUCAUUGGAUCAUCAAUGUCAUUCUUAAUAGGAAGUAUCAUAAAUUGGAGACAACUAGCUCUAGCAGGCCUAGUUCCUUGCAUUUGCUUGCUGGUUGGUUUGUGCUUCAUUCCUGAGUCUCCAAGAUGGCUGGCAAAGGUUGGUCGUGAAAAAGAGUUUCAACUAGCAUUAAGGAAAUUACGGGGUAAAGACAUUGAUAUUUCUGAUGAAGCUAAUGAAAUUCUGGAUAAUAUUGAAACUCUUCAAAGCCUUCCUAAGACUAAGUUUUUGGAUUUGUUCCAAAGCAAAUAUGUGCGCUCUGUAAUUAUUGGAGUUGGAUUAAUGGCAUUUCAACAAUCUGUUGGAAUUAAUGGCAUAGGAUUCUAUACAGCUGAGACUUUUGUAGCAGCUGGUCUUUCUUCAGCAAAAGCUGGUACCAUAGCUUAUGCAUGUAUACAGGUUCCGUUUACCUUGUUGGGAGCCAUUUUGAUGGACAAGUCUGGAAGAAAACCUCUUAUAACAGUCUCUGCUAGUGGAACAUUCUUAGGCUGCUUUAUAACCGGAGUUGCCUUCUUUUUCAAGAAUCAAAGCUUAUGGCUUGAGUGGGUGCCAACAUUAGCAGUUGCAGGCGUAUUGAUCUACAUAGCAGCAUUUUCAAUUGGGUUGGGAUCAGUUCCUUGGGUGAUGAUGUCUGAGGUGUUUCCUAUAAAUGUGAAAGGAACUGCUGGAAGUUUGGUAGUUUUGGUAGCGUGGUUAGGAGCUUGGAUAGUUUCAUAUACUUUCAAUUUUCUUAUGAGUUGGAGUUCUCCUGGUACUAUGUUUUUUUAUGCUGGAUGUUCCCUCUUAACCAUUCUAUUUGUAGCAAAAGUAGUCCCAGAAACCAAAGGCAAAACAUUGGAAGAAAUCCAGGCUUGCAUUAGUUCUUAGAGAAUGAGCAAAAAAUAUAUAUUUUGAUCUAUUUGAUUAUGAGAGAUAAAGCUAUAAAGCAAAUCAGGACACUUUCCAAUUAUUGCUAUUAUUUAUCAAAUUCUUUUGGGUCCAUUUAGGACAGACAAAGCAUAGAUAGAAUAACAGGAUGUUAUUUGAACCAAUAUGUCAAUGAGUAAGGCAUAGAUGUUGUAAUUUACUUAAGAAUGAAGCAUUUUUGUGACCAAUUAUACAUCUCAAUAAUUUGAUAUGCAAUUUUCACUUUGGCACA